AUGCCGGGGGACGGCGGCCGGGCGCUGCGCUGCUCGCUGGCCGCGGUGGGGCUGCUCUCGGCGCUCAGCGCCGCGGGGACGCUCUUCCUGCUGGGCCAGUGGAGGGAGCUGAGCGCGGCGCUGCGGGAGCUGGAGGCUGCGCGGCCGCAGGGGGGAGACACUGACAGCAUCCUGCGGUCCCUCCUGGGCCCCACCGCCCCGGGGGCAGCGGCCCCGGGAGCCGCCCGGCACAAGAGGAGCCACCGCAGAGCGCGCGCCAGGGGCCACGUUCGGGCCGAGAACGACGAGUUGCUGAUGAUGAUGACCUACUCCAUGGUGCCGGUCCGUGUGAUGGUGGAUUUAUGUAACAGCACAAAAGGGAUAUGCUUAACAGGCCCUCCAGGCUCCCCAGGGCCUCCUGGACUUGAUGGAUUACCUGGCUACAAUGGAUCAGAUGGCAUCCCUGGCAUCUCAGGGCCAAAGGGGGAACCAGGAGUAAACGGAAGAAGAGGAAAAAUAGGUUUACCAGGACCAAAAGGCGAUCCAGGAGAGAAAGGAGAAAAAGGAGACCCUGGUGAACUGGGCUUACCUGGCAAAGAUGGGAUGCCAGGAGGGAAAGGGUCAAGAGGAGCAAAGGGGGACAAAGGGGAUGCAAACAAUGACGUGAUAUCAGAAGGUGCAAAGGGGGAGCCAGGGGCCCCAGGACCCCCAGGGCCACAAGGUCCUCCUGGGCCACCAGGGAAGCGCAAAGCAAAAUCCCAGGUUCAGGAGAAUAUGUACAGCAGCAAGUGCAUAGGUGAGACAUGUGUCAUACCAAAUGAUGACACGCUGGUAGGAAAAGCUGAUGAGAAAACCAAUGGAUACCAUCCAAAAAAAGCUGAAUGCAUCAUUAAAUCAAUAGGAAGUCCCACUGAGAUGGGUAAGAUACAGCAAACAUUUGGAACAUGGAUGAGGGAACCUGCAAACAGAAGUGAUGAAAGAAUUUGGCUUACGAUGCAUUUUUCAGGGAACUUCAUAAAAGAAUAUGAGAAUGCAAAUGCAUUGCUGAAUGACAGCUACAGGAUCAUUAACCUCACGGGGAUCUUUUAUGGAUGUGGCCAUGUGAUAUACAACAACUGUCUAUACUAUCAAAAAGGAGGAACCAGUAUCAUUGUGAAAUUUGAGCUUGAUACAGCAUCAUUCAGAACCCUGACAAUUGAAAAUGCCUUACACGAUGGUCGCCACUACCUCUUUUCUAACGCCAAGACGUAUUUCAACGUGGCAGUGGAUGAAAAGGGUCUUUGGAUUAUCUAUGCCUCAAGUAUUGAUGAAAAUAUCAUUGUAGCACAUAUUGACGAAGAGACAUUUUCAGUCGUUCAACAUAUCAACACUACAUACCCCAAGUCCAAAGCUGGCAAUGCAUUCAUAGCAUGUGGAGUGCUAUAUGUUACUGAUACUAAGGAUAUGAGGGUAACUUUUGCUUUUGAUUUGUUGAGAGAGAAGCAAAUUGAUGCAAGCUUUGAGUUAAGAUCGGCACACUCUGUUCUUGCUAUGCUUUCAUAUAGUCUAAGAGAUAGAGACUUGUAUACAUGGGAAAAUGGCUAUUUAAUGCAAUACUCUGUACAUUUUGACAGCUGAAUGCUAUUUUAAAAUGACACAUCCUGCUGGCUGUAUUGGGCUAAGUAGGUUACUUAAAGCUAUGUCCUAUACAUCUCCUCCCUGCAGUAUACACACACAUUUUCUAUUGAAGGUUAGUGGUUGUUUGUGUGUGCAUAAAGGGGAGACCAGACUCCUUUGUGUCAUUUAAAUAUACUUAAAUUCUGUAGGCAAUUCUUAGCUUUAUAGAGAAAGAGCUGUGUGUUAGAAACUUAUUUUUGUUUUUUCCCUACCAUGCAGGCCAUAAUUAUAUCUACUGUAUACUGAUUAUUCUACAAUACUAUGUUCAAUAGGGUCUGUUUUUACUCUUAAUUGCAGACAGUAAUUGCAAAUUAUCUUCUAGUCAGUGAUUAUAGCUUAGUAUAAAUGUCUAAACAGUGUUUACAAAUAAGCUUCUUUGUAUCAUUUCCAUUUAAUUCUUUGCAUCAACUCUGAAUUCUGCUGAGUUGUGAUAUUUUUUUAAAAAUUGAUGAUCAGGGAGAGUAAUUUUUGUACUAAAGUAAAUACCGUAAAGACCAAAGUAAUAGUUUAUUAAAAACUCAUUCUAUGUUUAUAAGUCAAAAUAGAAUAGAAAAAAGCAAGAAUCCUGAAAUUUGACAAAUCUGGCUAGCUACUAAAUAACCAAAAAGCAAAUAGAGAGGUGAUGCAAAUGAUAGCUAGUGAAAUGUGAACUUAGGUACUCAGGGGGAGGAGGCGUUACAACAGGAAAUGUAGUCAGAGCAGGUGAAGCUCCUUUUAGUUAACAUUUUUUUUGAUUGCUUAUCUUGAGCUAACCUCAUCUUUCUCACAUUUUAAUGGAAGUGUAAAUUGGGCCCAAAUUUACACAAAACUCCUAGUCACAAAUGAAGACUGUACUGUCAUAUUAUUAAAAAAACCAACAACCUACGACUUUGAAUGAGAGUGAAUGUACUGGUCAAAGCGCUUGAUGAUGAAAUUGGUUGUCCUGCUUGACUUUAGUCUUGGAUUACAUGUGUUGUGGAAAAUUGACCACACUGUUGAUUUUGGAUCAGACAGCCUGAGGCUCCUUUAUUUCAUACAAGCAUAUAUGCAGGGAGAGUCAGCAUGGCCUCGCGCAAGAAGCGAACUGCUCUGCUCUCCACAAAUUUUACCAAGCUUAUAAAGGCUAAAACUGCAAGUAUGUAACACGCUCGAUACAUUUUCAAUUGCCUUAUUUGAAAUACAACAUUAAUCAAGAGCAAGCUUAAUAAUUAGUUUUCCAUAUACGGUUUUUCCUGUUAUUGUUAUCCCUAGCCAAGUUUGUGGUCUCACUGUUCUAACACCUUUUCUGUAGUCCUGAAAGCAAGCUCAGCUGUUGUAACUUAACAGGUCUUCUGGUUCCCCUGUAUCCAAUUCCAGUUCCUCUUUUUGGGGCCCUGACCACAUCUUUCUGCCCCUGCAUGCCCUUUGUACAGAAAAGCAAGCCUAGCUGAAGCUCUUAAGUUUCAUAGCCUUGUAAAAAGGCCUACAGCAUUGGGAGGGGAGGUCAUCACUUUUCCCCAACACAUGAUAGUUGCAGCUAAGAAAAUAUAGCCAGGAACUUUUGAUCUUGAUCACUAGGAAAAAUGAC